AACCAAUCCACAAUAGUACAAUACUAAACCAACCCUUUAACAUUUACAUUGAAGAUUUCACAACACCUAUCUAUUAGCUUACAAAAUGAACAAUCUUACAUGUUUUUUUGUCUUUUGCCUCCUAGCCUCUCUUUCUCAUGCCAUAGAACUUGACUUUUGCGUUGGGGAUCCUAGUCUCCCUAGGGGUCCUGAAGGGUAUGCUUGCAAAGACCCUGCCAGUGUCACAACUGAUGAUUUUGUUUACACUGGUUUUCGUGGUGAAAGAACCAUUACAAAUGUCUUCGGGAACAACGUGACUUUAGCAUUUUCAGAUGCAUUCCCCGCCUUAAAUGGUUUAGGCAUUUCGAUGGCAAGGUUAGACUUUGGCGUUGGUGGAGUAAUCCCUCUACACUCCCACCGUACAUCAGAAGUUCUUAUUUUGGCUAAAGGGUCCAUCAUAGCCGGAUUUAUUGAUGCAAACAACACCGCAUACUAUAAAAGAUUACAAGUUAAUGAUGUGAUGGUCUUUCCACAAGCAAUGCUUCACUUCCAAAUCAAUGUUGGUAAAACUCCGGCUAUUGCGUUUGUUAGUUUGAAUGGUGCAAACCCAGCAUUGCAACUCACUACUCCCUCUUUGUUUGCUGGUAAUUUACCUGCUGAUAUAGCUGAGCAAAUCACACUUUUGAGUCAUGAGGAAGUAAUGCGUAUGAAAAGAAUGUUCGGUACAGCAUAAUAAGGCCCGUAGAAA